UUUAACUUUUAAUUUUGGUUUUGGGCCACGUUUUAAAUCAACCGGAUGUUUGGCGUGUCGUACUCUGUAAUGGAAAUAUUAAAGAAUGCCAUCUUUCGAUAUCAACAGCACCCAAGUGAUAAAAAUAAAAAUCACUACCUAACAGCCGUUUGCCAUACCUGCAUUGUUUACAUUUCUACUUUCUAAGUUUAGUGUAAAAAUAAAAAAAAAAUAAAAAUAAAUAAUAAAAAUAUAUCAGCAUGGGGAAAUGUGCACUGUGUAAUAAAAGGGUUGAACGAGGAACAGGACCUUUCUUUCGAGUACCUAGCGAUGAACAUACUAGGCUGAUGUGGAGUAAACAUAGCCGUUUUCCACUCAGAUCUAAAGAUUAUAUUUGUAUAGAUCAUUUUGCAAGUGCAGACGUUAUUAAGGCUGGUAGACCAAGAUUACUGCCAAAAGCUGUACCUCAUCCACUACCACAAUAUGUUUCUAGUACCUGUUGUAAAAUACCAGAUGAACGAAAUUUCAUUGAGAAUACAAACAAAAUAAAUGUUUUAAGUGAACACUCCGACGGAACAAGUGCUGUAAAUAGUUCGAAUCAAAGACAUAAACAUGGAAGCGAAAGAGUAGUGGCAGACAAGAAUAAACAAUAUAUAGAGGAUUGGAAAAACUGGUGUCGUCUCUGCGCCAAAGCUGAUGCUCAAUACGUGAACGCGAUAUCUGAACAGUGUUUACCAACCGGUCCCGCUGUUAAUAUUCAACCGACAAUGAAUAUGUCUACCAUCAUAAAGGACUUUUUUCAUGUUGACAUUAAUGAAAACGACCAUCUUUCGACAUUUAUAUGUACAGAGUGUUGUCAAGUGGUUAAUUCCCUUGUUGAAUUUCUCGAGAAUAUUAAAAAAGUACAAAAGUUAUAUGACGACCUGUUGCGCAAUAAGGGAAAGUCUGGAAUUGAUCUUCUUGCUUUGUAUAAAAAAUAUGGCUUAUUUAAAGAAGCACAAUCUCUGGAGAAAUCACGAAGCAAUGACUUGAAACUGGAAGGAAAUUUUGUUGCGGAUAAUUACAUCCAGAUAAAAGUUGAAGAUCAAGUAAAUAAUGAAGAAACAAAUAUAAAUACAUAUCCCGAGAAACUUAUUGACGAAACCGGAAAUAAAGACCAAUUUUAUGAUCCAAUCGGUCAGGAAAAUGCUCAAAUAGAUAAUUGUAUUAAAGAAGAAUAUCUUUUGCGUUCAUCAUCCGAUGAAGAUGAGCAACAAUGCUUACAAAAUAUGUUAAACUACGACAGUAUGGCAAAUGAAGAUUUUUCAGAAGUCAUAAGUGAAAGUAACUACACUUGUGAUAUUUGUUUUCAUGCCUUUCGACAAAGCGUCCGCUAUGCUGCACACAUGUUGAAAUAUCAUAAUAAAUUAAUAUGUACACAUUGCUUUGACUCAUUCGAAAAUGAGAACAAUUUAAAACUUCAUAUAAAAGAAUAUCACCAGUUAUAUCCUUGUACCAAAUGUAAUAAAAUUUUUCAAAGGACAGAAUAUUUAUUUCGGCACAUGAAACGUAUACAUGAUGAUGAACAGUCAUUUUUCUGUGAAGUUUGUUUAUCAGCCUUUCGCUUAAAAGCUGAACUGGAAGAACAUAUGCUGUUGCAUACAGAUUACCUACCUCACGAAUGUACUGAAUGUGGAAAGUGUUUCCAACACAGGAAAAAUUUAAAGCGACACAUGCUAACACAUGGUGACAAAUAUGUUUGCACUGUAUGUGGGAAACAACUGAAUUCUCCGCGUACGUACAAAAAUCAUAUGCUGGUGCAUUACGACAAAACGUAUCACAAAUGCGAUUAUUGUGGGCGUGAAUUUAAGCGUUCAAAAGCAUUGAAAACCCAUUUAAUACUCCAUAGUGGACUAAAACCAUAUUCCUGCGAAUUUUGUGAAAGAACUUUUAGUUGUAGAUCAUAUUGUCGUAUGCACAUGAAACUCAAACAUCCCGAUGAGUUGGCCGCUUUGGAAGCCUCAGGAGAAAGAGCCUACACCACUGUUCCAAGACUGGAUGAGCUGAAAUCAUUCGUACGGAGUGCUGAGAACCUACAGCCUGUAAAUGUAAGGCGUGGUAGAAAGUUACAACCCAAAUCUGUUGACAUAGAAAAAUACGAAAUAGAAGCUCUAGAAGAUGAAAUCGUGCCCGAGCAUAGCACAUUACUUUAAUUGUUAUACAGCACGCUUGCAGUGAACGGAAAUAUGUACAUAUUUCAAUUUAAUCUCAAUCUGUUCUAGUCGAAAUCAAAAAAGUUGAUUAAACUGAAGAAUUAACAGAAAUUAAACUGUAAUUUUAAUUGCUUCAACACAUUUGAAAUAAUACCACUGCGUACAUCUAACUAUUUCAAUGUAUAGACUCAAUAAUUAGUUUUUUAAAUAUAAAUAGCUGCUGCCUCGUGGCUCU